ACCCGCGAACCCGUUUGGUGCGCUGCCGCUCCCAACUAGCUUUUCGCUGGCAUGUCGGCAACCGAAAGCCGAAACAAGCAGUUGAGGAGGUGCGAGGCAGAGAAGUCGACUUGCUACUGACUCCAUCUCCCUCUGUCCUGUUUCCAUUCCCUCACCUCUUUACUCAUCUUCUCCUCAUCUCGCUGCGCCUGAGGGCUGAGACCAUCUCCCUCCCUCUCUCUCUCUCUCUCUCUCUCUCUCUCUCUCUGCUACUGCUGCUUCUGAAGCCCAGAACAAUCGAAGUACAGAGGAAAUGGAGGCAUUGUUUCUUUUUCUUGUUGUACUACUGGCUCUCGUCUUCUCCUCCGCCUCCGCAAAUGUUCACGUUACCGCCGCGCAGAAGCUAACCAAUAACCCAGCAGAUCAACUGGUUGCCGCGCUUAACAGCAACCGGACAGCUCACAAGGGAUCGUCCCUCUAUGAUAAUCCAGGCCUAGCUUGUAUCGCGUUGCAGUACAUUAAAGCGUACGAAGGGGAAUGCAGCGCAGUAGGUGGCGGCGGUAAUGCAAAGAAGCCUGCUGAUACUGAAUUUGCUGAGACUUUUGCACCCAACUGUGGGGUUUCUGCCUCAAGCCUCACUCCCAUCACUGGUCGAUUGCUGGGCUGCGAGACAAAAUAUGUGCCUCCAUCUGAGGCCUUCUCAAGCAUUCUCAUGAAGAACAGCAAGAGUCUGGAGAUUCUGUAUGACAAGAACCACACUGAAGUUGGGGCUGCCGUGAGUGGCAGCGAUGGAGGCUCACCUUACUUCUGGUGUGUACUGUUCAGCAGCGGGAAGACCAACAGCAGCUUUGCAAUAGAGGGUGGUGUUGCAAAGAUCAUGAGGCCCGGGUGCUUCAGCGGUGCCAAUGAUGAGUGCAGCAGUGCUAGUGAUUUGAUCCGUCGGCUUAGGGUUUGGCCUUCAGCAGCUAUUAGUCUGGCUGUUGCAGCCUUCGUGUUUGGUGUAUAAGAUUUUUUUAUGUGUAUCAAAAGAACUUUUACACUCAAUUCCACUUGAUUUUUCUAGGAUGAUUUGUUGUUUGUUUGUUAAUCAGCUUGGCUUUUAUGGUUCAUUUUCUGGGUUGCUAUUUGUAAUACAAUUAUUUUCGUUUGUAAGAACGAAUUGUGUGAGACAC